AUGGUCCUACCAAAGCUGUCAGAUAUCAACGAAGUUAGCAAAAUCUUCCACUUGGCUCUGAGUCUCAUGGACCUUGUAGUAGGCAUUGUUACAUUAAUCACCGUCGUCUUCGAUGUCGUUGACGGAAUGGAGUUCGUUCGUCCUCUAUGCAUCACCACGGGCAUACUGAACAUUGUGGCUCCGACCAGUUCUGUCUGCAUCCUCGUUCUCCUCCAUGUUGAUCGAUUCCUGUCCAUCACCAAACCGCUCCGGUAUCCCGCCUGGAUCACCCCUCGAAAAGCCCAAGUUCAGAUUCUUAUCGCCUGUGUUUCGUUAACGGGAAUUGUUGUAAUCGGCAUCGGUGUUUCACCAUCCUCGUGGGAUAUCAUUUAUUCACCAGGUACCAUAGCCGUCUGUAUGGCUGACUUCACAAAUAUCGAUUUUGCUCCGUACUUUGCGGCGAUAAUGCUCUUGGGGGUAUGGCUGCCUGCUGGUAUCAUCUUCGUAAUGUAUUGCAGAAUCAUCUGUAUAUCGUUGAAGGCGAGUGGCCAAAUACGCCGUGCCAAGGUUGCACCUGUUGCAGCUGCAAUGGCUCCGGAAGGACAUCCCAGAUGUGCCCAACAUGCACACCCUGUGAACAACGCACUGGAACCCGGAGGUUCAACGAUUCAAAUCAUCUUCAGUCUUCUGAGAAUGACAGAGGGUGAACCGGAGGUGGCCAGUUGA